AGCUUUUGAUCUCCGGCUAUGUGUACUGACCCAGGCCAAGGGCACAGGAAAAUGACGGGCACGAGUUACUUCGCCAACAUGUUGGAAGACUAUUUAUUCCAUAGGUCCUCCUUUCCACCUGGCGAUCAUGGUGGUUCUGUAACGUGGAGGGGAUUGGACCGGAGUGAGCAGGACCACGCGGAUUUUUUUUGGACGAGCAGAAGAUACAAGUUGAAAAUGGGAACAACGUCAAAAGCAACAACGGCGAGUACAAGGACAAGCUUCAUAACUCGAACUGCAGCAACAUCUUUCUUGGAACAAGCGGGACUCACAUCAUCAAACAGCAGUAGCUCCACGAAUCACGGAUUGGACCGGAGUGAGCAGGACCACGCGGAUUUUGUUACAAGCUUCAUAACUCGCAGACCAGGUUCAACAACUAGUACAAAGCCAACAAGCAGGACGUCUUCUUUCAUCGUGGAAUCUUCUAUCGAUACCCAGUUGCAGAAUGACGAUGCAAUGCGAGCCAAGCUCGAGAAUGCGGAUGAAGAAGAAAAGGGGAGGCUGGAGAGGGAGUUUCCGAAGCACGAUUUUGGAUCUGAGCGUGAGAUCGAAUUCGAAGAAGGAAUCGCACGAGAAAAAGAGAAGCAAGAAUUAAGGGUAGGUUAAAGGUGCUUUUCUUACCGCUUUUUAUGCUUCUCCUAAGGGAGAAAGGCAUAACAAGCGGGGUAAGCGAGCACCAAAAGCCUACCUCUAAAAGAAGCGAAGCUAGAGGCAGCGCGUCACAACGAGGACGGAGAAUCGUUGGCCGAUGAAGGAAUCGUCGUGGGGGGAAAUGAUGGGGGUGACGGUUAUCAAGUUGGUAGAGAGGGUGAUGAUGGAGGCGGAGGAAUAGGUGGAGGAGGAGGACGUAAGCGGAAUAAAGGUAGAAAGAAUUAUAGUGGAGGAGAAGGUGGAAUGUCUAAUCGUGGAAUGUCUACUAAUCGUGGAACUGGACAGGGAAACGAUGAUGAUGACAAAACUAGCAAAAAUAGUCGUGACGAAAACCACACACAACCUGGAAAUCGUCGACACCGAAGAAGACGUCCACCUGGGUCAGGGAACAACAACAAUGAUUUUUAAGGCUUGAGUAAAUCCAUCUUCCCCAACGAACAUCCAUCGAUCUUGGCCUCGUUUAAAGGGAAAAAUAUAAAUAGGGGGACCAAGAUGCUGACUGGGAUGGAUUUACUCAAGGUCUAAAAUGACGACGACGACGACGAAGAGGAAGAAACGAUUACCAUCGUCGAUCCAGAUAAAGUUACCAUAGUCGUCCCUCCCUAUCCUCCAGAACGCGGCACGUGGCCUCGAACCGCCAUUCCAAAGUUGAAUGGCGCCAUCAUGCCCGAUACGUUGCCGUAUCAGGGUGACGAAUUAGAUUUAGAAGGGGAGGAAGCAAAAGCCGUUGGUGCACAUCAGCAGCGUAGAAGUCAUUCCAUCAAGAAAGAUGAAGGACCAGAAAUUGGUGGAGACGGAUUUGGCGUCUUAAACAGGCCUAAAGAAGUGACUGAGGAAGAUUUGGUGGAGGAGGAGAUUGUGAGGCGAGAGAAGGAGAAGCGGGAGAAUACGUGGACUUUUGGAAGAGCACGUGCUGAAAUCAAGAAGGUCAUCGAAAAAGCUUUGGCAGAUAGGGAGAAUCCAGGAAGCCAAGAUUCGCCAAGCUUUCCAAGAUUUGGGUUCACUAUCGAAGGGUAGAGGGAGAAGAUGCAGGUGGUGUACUAAUGACACACAAGAAGAAGAACCUGUAGUUUUUUGUUUAUGCUUCAUCUCCAUGAUGCGUCGUGAUGCAGCUUCGUUGCCGUGAAUGUCAAUGUGCAGAUAUGUUUGUCCUAAGACAGCUCUGUUUUUAGGGGCUUGUUCCAGGCUCGCGCGCUUAUCGCCACAACAUAGGUACCAUUUCGAGUAGAAACUCGAUUUUCAUUGUUGAUUCGCAGCGCUCGCACGACGGGAGUCGCAUGAUUAUAGGAACCAUAUUUAGCUCCAGCUCGCUAGUACUUUGGCUUUGGAUCGUGAUUCUUGAGGCCGCGAUAGGUUUCGUGUUAUGUAUUUGCUUGUUUCUCGAUGGAACGUUGCUUUGAAGGUCAAUCUGUGUCGACUUUCGUCUCCAGUGAUACUUGAGAUGAGGCCUUCAAAUCCAUAAUAAUUAACUCCCCGGGCCCGGGUGCCCCGGGAGACGUUAAGGAAGGGAAAGGGAUA